AGUAUAGUCCUACGCGGAACACGCGGAGGCGAGAUGGUAGUUAUAUAGUCUCCAGACUCCAUGCGCUAUAGUCUCAAUUUGGUCUCAAUAAAGCCAUAAUACGUUUGUGUCCAUGCGUGCCAUUUGUUUGUUGUUCAGCGGUACCCUCAAUUUGUAACUCGUUAUUGAAAGUUAAUUAAUUAAUAAUCAAAAUGUUGGUGUCAAAUCCAAAUGACGUGAAAAUUUACAAUUUGAGCGUUGGGAAAAGUAUACCUGAGUGGCUGAGUGAAAGAAAACGAAGAAAAUUACUAAAACACAAUGUUGACAUGCGAAAAAGUAUUAACUUAAUUCAGGAUUUUGAUAUGCCUGGUGUUAGCACAUCUGUCAGAGCUUCGAGAGAUGGACAGUACAUCCUUGCAACUGGAAUAUACAAACCCAGAGUAAAAUGUUUUGAUGUCAAUCAAUUAUCGAUCAAAUUCGAGAGAUGCUUUGAUGCCGAAGUUGUCACUUUUGAAAUUUUGUCAGAUGAUUACAGCAAACUUGUUUUUUUGCAUGAUGAUAGGAAUAUUGAAUUUCAUGCUGCACAUGGAAAAUAUUAUAAACUUAGAAUACCAAGGUUCGGCAGAGAUAUGAAAUAUCAUUAUCCAUCUUCUGACUUAUUUGUUGUAGGAGCUAGCAAUGAGAUCUACAGAAUAAAUCUAGAAAGAGGUCAAUUUUUACAAUCUUUCGAUUCUGAAAGCUCAUCUAUAAAUAAGUGUACCAUAAAUCCAGUUCACCAUUUAUUGCUAAUUGGAAAUGAGGAAGGUAAAGUUGAGGCUUGGGAUCCUCGAGAUAGAAAUAAAGUGGGAUCACUUGACUGUGGUUUUAGUUGUAUUAAGCAAGACAAUAGGAUUGAUAGAAUUCCAUCUAUUACAGCUUUAAACUGUCACAAUAGUUUGACUCUUGGUGUUGGAACUGUAACUGGACAAGUUCUAUUGUAUGAUUUAAGAUCCAGUAGUCCUUAUAUGAUAAAAGAUCAUAUGUAUGGUGAACCUAUUAGGAAUAUUGAAUUCCAUAAAAGUAUGGAUUAUGUUUAUUCUAUGGAUAAUAAUAUUAUUAAAAUAUGGGAAAAACAAACUGGUAAAAUAUAUACAUCCAUUGAAGCAGAGUCUACAACCCAGUUCAAUGAUUUGUGUAUCAUUCCUGAUACUGGAUUGAUGUUCAUAGCUAAUGAAGAUAAAAAAUUGCAAACUUACUUUAUUCCCAGUCUUGGUCCAGCACCAAGAUGGUGUAAUUUCUUGGACAGUCUUACAGAAGAAUUAGAAGAAUUGAAUUAUGAAACAAUAUAUGACGAUUACAAAUUUGUUACAGAAGAAGAUUUAGAAAAAUUAGAUUUAUUAAAAUACAAAGGUACUCCUUGUUUAAGAGCUCACAUGCAUGGUUUCUUCAUAGAUAUUAGAUUGUAUCGAAAGGCAAUGAGUAUUAUGGAUCCAUUUGAUUUUGAAAAAUUCAAAAAGAAGAAGAUACGAGAGAAGAUUGAGGAGGAACGACCUAAAAGAAUACAGAUACAAAAACUACCAGUUAUUAAUAAAGAUUUGGCUAUGAAACAUUUAGAAAAUGAAUCUACUACUGAUUUAAAGAAAAAGAAGAAAGCUACACCAAAUUUGUUGAAAGAUGAUCGAUUUAAGGCUUUGUUUGAGAAUCCUGAUUUCCAAGUUGACGUGUAUUCAGAAGAGUAUGCUCUUCUUAAUCCUGUAAUCUCACAAAUGGGUAAAACGAAAAAACAAAGAGCUAGUAAAGUAGUAAAUGAAAAUAAUAUUGUAGAAGAAAGCGAUACUGAAAAUCUACGUUCUGAAGAUGAAGAUAUGGCUGAUAGUUCAGAUGAUGAGAAACCUUGGGCGAAAGAGGUUCGAAAACAAUACAAGCAAGUAAAGGAAAAUGAGAGACGACGUGAAAUGGAAGAAAGAAAAAAUGAAGAAGACUCAAGUGAAGAAGUUACCAAAAAACAAGUCAAGUUUUAUGAAUUGAAAGAUGGUAUUUCUUUCAAUGGACCAAAAUACAUGAGACAGAGAGCCAAACUUAGUCUCGGUGACAGAUUGCAGAAAGAGGAAAUGCAUAGAGUUAACGUGACAGGUUCAAGAGGAAAUAAAGAAAUGACGUUCACUAUUAAAAAGAAAAAUUUCAAAAAACGAGUUGCGAGUACAACAAACCGUCAAGAAUUAAAACAUUUACUAAGGCCUGCAAAUAAUAUAGGAAAAAGUAAAAAAUAAAAAUUUAGUGAUAUAUGCUUAGAUAAAAAUGUAUUGCUAUACAGUUGUAAAUAAAAUUUAUUUGUAUUUUAUCAUAAACAUAUUUUUGUUUGGUACUGUACACUUUUGUUUACUGAUUUUGUUUUUAUGCAACCAAUUUAUUAACUUGCUUCAAGAGAGAUAUCUCUUACGAAAGGUGAA